UAUUCACACAAAUAUAAAUAUUAUAACUUAUUGCUACUUUUAAUAUAUAUUUUGAACUUUAGUUAUUAUUGCUUUAAAGUUAAAAUGUCUUGGUGCCGAGCAGUAUGGUUGGAGGGAUCAACAGAAGAAGAGCUGACAAUCCCGUCAGUUUGGAUUGAAGGAGCAGUAAAUGAAAAACAGUUUGUGAGGUGGCCCAAUGGUAUCAAUGUUUUAAAAGCAUGUAAACAGCAGGCAAUACCACAUAAUGAUUGGUUUUCCUUUCCACUCCUUAAGGAAAAAUGUCGUCAUAAUGAUAAAACAGUGUGUGAAGGAUUUGACUUCACUAGUGACGAUUCAGAAGCGUAUUCUAAUAAGCAAAUAGACAAAUCGUGUGAUUUGACCUUUGAAAAUGAGAAAGUCAUUAAAUAUAGAACAAUACAUAAAAUACGUAUGUUUUUUGCUAUUGUUUUUUUAUUGAUUUAA